GCGGCACAACACGGAAGUGCGAUGGCGGCCGCGGCGGAGGAGGCAGCGGGAAGCGGCGGCGGCGGCUCCCCGUCCUCCGCCCGGCGGAGGCUGCGCAUCAUCUCAGGGCACCUGCGGAGCUCGCCGCGGGCUCCGGAGCGGGAAGCGCUCUCCCUGAGUCCCUGCAAGGCGCAGGGAGGCUCCACCGGGCCGGCCUCCGGCUCCAUCCCCAGGAAGCGGCAAGAACUUCUGAAAUGGAAUGGAUGGGGAUAUAAUGACUCCAAAUUCAUCUUCAAUAAGAAGGGUCAAGCAGAAUUCACAGGAAAAAGGUACAGAUUAGGUGGUAUGGUAUUACCGACUUUUAAGGAAUGGAUGGAAAAAACUUUUGGAGCCAGCCUGGAUCACAAAACUACCUCUAGAGCAACCUUAAAUGUUAAUGACGUACCUCCAUCCAUUGUAAAAGAAGAAUUUCUUCAGGAUCUUAGAGCCACUAAAAUCUCAUACUCACAGGAUGCAGAAGAUAGGGUAUUCAGAGCUCAUGGUCACUGCCUACAUGAGAUAUUUAUACUCAGGGAAGGAAUGUUUAAGCGAGUUCCUGAUAUAGUUGUAUGGCCUGUUUGCCAUGAAGAUGUAGUUAAAAUUGUGGAAUUAGCCUGCAAACACAACCUCUGCAUAAUACCAUUUGGCGGAGGGACGAGUGUAUCUAGUGCCCUUGAAUGUCCUGAAGAAGAAAAAAGAACAAUUGUCUCACUGGAUACAUCACAAAUGAAUCGAAUUCUCUGGAUAGAUGAGAAAAACUUAACAGCUUGUGUGGAAGCUGGCAUUGUUGGUCAAGAUCUGGAAAACCAGCUUGCUGAAAGUGGCUUCUGUACAGGCCAUGAACCAGACUCCAUGGAGUUCAGCUCACUAGGAGGAUGGGUAGCAACACGAGCAUCAGGCAUGAAAAAAACCAUCUAUGGAAAUAUUGAAGAUAUGGUGAUUCACAUAAAAAUGGUAACUCCUAGAGGAAUAGUAGAAAAAAACUGCCAAGUACCUCGCAUGUCAACAGGACCUGAUAUCCAUCACUUCAUUAUGGGAUCUGAAGGGACUCUUGGAGUGGUUACUGAAGUUACGAUAAAGAUUCGCCCAGUCCCUGAAUACCAGAAGUAUGGCUCUGUGGUCUUCCCUAACUUUGAACGAGGGGUGGCCUGCUUAAGGGAAGUGGCAAAGCAGAGAUGUGCUCCUGCAUCAAUUCGCCUUGUUGACAACGCACAGUUUCAGUUUGGUCAUGCUCUUAAACCACAAGUUGCUUCCAUUUUUACAUCAUUUUUGGAUGGACUGAAAAAAUUCUACAUCACAAAGUUUAAAGGAUUUGAUCCCAACAUACUGUGUGUAGCUACCUUGCUUUUUGAAGGUGACAGAGAGAAAGUUCUUCAGCAUGAAAAACAAGUCUAUGAUAUUGCCACCAAGUUUGGGGGCUUGGCAGCAGGAGAAGAUAAUGGACAGAGAGGAUAUAUGCUGACAUUUGUCAUUGCUUACCUUCGGGACCUGGGCCUGGAUUACUAUGUAAUAGGAGAAUCAUUUGAGACAUCUGUUCCUUGGGAUAGGGUUUUGGACCUUUGUAGGAACGUAAAAGAAAGGAUAGCAAGAGAAUGCAAAGAAAAGGGUGUUCAGUUUGCUCCUCUUUCCACCUGCAGGGUAACACAGACUUACGACGCAGGUGCAUGUGUCUACUUCUACUUUGCCUUUAACUACAGAGGAAUUAGCGAUCCUAUUCAUGUCUAUGAACAAAUUGAGAGGGCUGCUAGAGAAGAAAUACUUGCCAAUGGAGGUAGUCUGUCACAUCAUCAUGGAGUAGGCAAAUUGCGGAAGCGCUGGAUGAAGGAGAGCAUCUCUGAUGUUGGCCUGGGAAUGCUGAGAUCUGUUAAAGAAUAUGUGGACCCCAAUAACAUCUUUGGAAACAAAAACCUUUUAUAAAGCCCUGCACAAUAUGAUGUACUAAAACUUCUUCAAAAUUACUGUUGAAAAUCCUCCACUUUCAUUGUACUGAUAUCCCAGUAAUCAAAUAUAACAUAGACUAAAAACUAGUGACUUACUUCAAUUUUUUUUUGCUACCUUCUUCCCCUCCCCCCAAUAAAGUGUAAUCAUCACUGUUAA